AUGCCAGCCUCGGUUGCGAGGAAGAGGGCAGAUCGGGUCCCUCAUUGCUCCUCCCUCCCACCGAGCGAUGCUCCACCGCAUUUCGGGGAUCAAGCUUUGGUGGUGUAUGGGCCGGCAGGGGUCCCGGUGAUUGGAGAGAGAACAGCGGGGCAGGCUGUUGUCGCAGCGUCACGAGGUUCGUUUACGGGUGCGGUUUCUUGGCAGACGACACGGAAGCGGUGGCGAAGGGGAUCAGGGGAGGAUCGGCUUGGCGGAUGCAGUCGAGGGUACAGUGGCCCGGGCCAAGAGCCCAGAGCAGCCGCGGGUGGCCUGGAUCUGGGCCCAUUCAGGCCAUCCAUCCUCCUUCACGAACGUGCACCCGGCAGCCAUCCUCUCCCGCAGACGCUUCUCAGUCUUGCUCAGCCGCAAGUGCAUAGCACACUCGACAAGGGACGCAGCCAUCUCGACAACCUCGACUCUCCUUCAUAUACUCUUUCCUCAUCAGCCCGUAACUCUUACCGCAUCACUUCACCCGAUCGUCCAUCUCAAGACGCCAUCUCCCCCCACCUUCCCUCAACCCAGCGACUACACUUCACUUCACUUCUCGUUCUACCGCUCGCUUCGCUCGCACCCGACCCACAAUGGCACCCACUCGCUGCGGUGCACGCGGUGCACGCCGUUCACGCCAUGACGGGCAAGAUCAAGACGCUCAAGCUCACCAAGUCACGGUUAUCCGCUGCGUCGAUCGACAAGCUCGCGGCGUGUGCAGCGCGGGCCCGCAUUCGCGACAUUGCCAUGCUCCUCUUCGGCAUCGGACUCGGCGUCCUGCUCUAUGCGCUGCUGCACGAUCUCGUCCUCGCCUUCUUCACCCGCGAGCCACCGCUAGAGUGCCCGCCGGGGUGUAUGUGCGAACCCCUGCCCGUGUACCGCGAGAAGGAGGAGGACGAGUACUCGGUGCCGUGA